AUGGCUGAAUCAAAGUCAUGGUGGAGCGGUGCAGAAGGAGGGGAGCAGGCGAAGGAGGGCCCUCAGGAUUUCGAGCCUACGAAAAUAGAACCGCCGGCCCUUGAAGGCAGCGAAGAGGAACUCCUUACAAGACGGAUACAUAUCCUCGGAAUGGGCAGCAUAGGGACUUUGGUAGCACAUUCCCUGCGCACCACUCCUAGCCCGCCGCCGAUCACCCUCAUGAUGCAUCGUGAGGACAUGUUUGAGCAAUUCAAGCGCGGCGGCAGCGUCAUUCGCCUCGUUGAUGCUAAGUCGGAUGUCAAUGACCCUCAGACGGGCUUUGACUGUGAUGUGCGGGAACAUAAUGAGGACGGGAAGCCGUUUUGGCGCUAUGAGCCUGAGUGGGAACAUACCGAGGACCACAAGCAACCGCUGAACCCGCGUUCCAUAGACGAGCGUCUGCCAGAUGCCGACGAAACCUUCAUUUACACUCUGAUUUGCACUGUCAAAGCACAGCAGUCUGUGUCUGCUAUGCUCGCUAUUCGCCAUCGCAUCGACUCGCGCUCCACCAUCUGCUUAAUGCAGAAUGGGCUCGGUCAAAUCGACGAACUCAACGAGCAAGUCUUCACCGACCCCUCGACACGCCCGACCUUCCUCAUCGGAGUCAUCUCUCACGGAUGCUACAUGCAAGGUCCCACAACCGUAAUUCACACUGGCUUUGGGGUCACUUCUCUCGGCAUAUACCGCGACACCAGCAAAUACCCUCUGCCACCAAAGUCUCUAUCGACGAAUCUUGCGGACCUAACGCCCGAACAACGAUCGCUGCACUACCCCACCGAUUCCGAGCUCUACGCAACCUCACUCUCGGCGCGCUAUCUGCUGCGCACACUCACACGCUGCCCCACUUUGGCAUGCGCUGCCUACCCCUAUCUGGACUUACUGCAGCUCCAGCUCGAGAAACUCUCGUCCAACGCGCUUCUGAACCCCAUCACCGCCCUCUUCGAUGUGCCAAAUGGCGCCACGCUCCACAACGCUUCAAUCUCAACGAUCCAAAACAUGCUCGCCGCCGAGAUCUCGCUAGUGAUCCGCUCGCUCCCCGAACUGGCCCCUAUCCCAGGCCUCUCGCAACGCUUCUCCGCCGAGCGCCUCAAGAACCUGCUAAUCGGCCUCGCCACCAAGACGGCGAAGAACUCGAGCUCAAUGCGAGAGGACGUGCGCCGGGCGCGGCCCUCGAACGAAAUCGAGUACAUCAACGGCUACAUCGUGAAGCGUGGCAGCGAGGUGGGCGUGCAGGCGGCACUGAAUUUCAUGAUCGUGCAGAUGAUCAAGGCCAAGACUAUCUUCACCAUCAAAGAGGGAAACGAUCACAUUCCGCUUGUGAGUGGACGGGUCGAAGGCAAGAUGGAAAGGGGGAAGGAGGGUGCUGAAGGAGGAGUGAUCUUGGAGGAUGUCAGCGGCAUGUCGAGGCGGCGCUCGAGAAGUUGA